GCCUCAAGACAAUGUUUUAAAGAAUUUGUGGCAGAAGACAGACUUUUGCGAUAAAGCAUGGUUUUAAGCUGAUGAAGUGAAAAAAGUAAAUAAAAACAAGACGAUCGAGAGGGGAUCAGAAUUUUAACAUAUUGCGUAUAAUAACAUUAAGGAUAAUCAGUUCCAUUUAUAAUUAAGAAACCUUUAAGAUAAAAAAAAAUUAUUUUUUUUUAUCUUGAAUCUUGGCAUUAUUAUAAAUCUUUGUAAAAAUUUAACAAAUGGUAUUCAUGAACUUUGAAAGUUUGAAACAACUCCUUUUAGAGACUGCCCAGUCAGCUGAUGCAGAUAAAUGUUUGGAAUUGAUGAAAACAUAUAACACAUUAUCUUCUGAAAUGUUUGAAGUUUCAAAUAAGAAUGGUGAUACAAUUGUACAUCUUGCAGCGAAGUCUGGUUCAACUGCUAUUAUUAGGCUAUGUUUUCUCCACUAUGGAUUAGAUAUACUAAUUCAAAGAAAUAAAGAUGGGAAAAUGCCUCUUCAUGUUGCUGCUCAUUCUGGACAACUUCAAUGUGUAGAAUAUCUUUUAUCACGUAAUGUUCCUGUCGAUGCUUUAAAAAGAUCAGACUGGACUCCAUUAAUGCUAGCAUGUACCAAAGGUGACCUAAAUAUUGUUAAAGCACUGAUUAAAUAUGAAGCAAAUCUUACAUAUCGAAACAAAGAUGGAUGGACUGCUUUUCAUAUUGCUGCUAGAGAAGGUUGUGUAGAUGUUGUUAAAUAUUUGUUAAAAAUUGAUAAAAUGCUAUGGAGGACACAAAGUAAAAAUUCUCGAACACCUCUUCAUACUGCUGCUCUUCAUGGUAAUAUUGAAGUUGUGAGGCUACUUUUGUCUGACACAGACCAACCAAUAGAUCCUGUUGACUGUUGUGGAAUCAGCCCACUUAUGGAUGCCAUUUCUAGUUGUCAUAAUGAAGUUUUCCAAAUUCUUGUGGAUAAAGGUGCAUCGGUAAACAAAACUGAUCGUCUUGGAAGGAACUUACUUCAUCUUGCUGCUGAAGCUGGGAAUGUUGAAGUGUGUACUUAUCUUAUUAAUGUCUGUCACCUUAACAUAAAUUCAAAGUCAAUCCAUGGUCUUACAGCUUUACAUUUUGCUGUCAAAGAAAAAAGUAUCUUGUGCAUUCAGAAGUUACUUGAAUUUGAAGCUGAUAAAACAAUUCAGGAUUGCAAAGGAAGGACAGCUCUGGAUUAUACUACAGAUGAAGCAAUUUGUGCAUUAUUAAAUUCCAGUUAUGGUGAUGUAUUGUUGAAAAAAUAAAUUAAUUUUUUAUAUAA